CAAAACAUUAUCAAGUGUUCUUUGGAGGACUAAUAUUUUUCAGUGGAAAAUUAAAAAUCUUUCUGUAGCUCCAACUCUCUCUCUGUUUCUUUUACCAAAUAUGUGUAUUUCAUUUGCAGGGGGUGGAUUAUUUCAAGAGUCUAAAUUGUAAAUUUGAUUUAUUUUAUUUAUACCACAUUUUUAUACCAAAAAGUCACUAGGUUUUACUACAGGAAAGCUAUUGACUAUGUUGAUGUUUCUAUCCAGAAUAGUUUUCUGAUCAACCUGGAUGGAAAAACACAAUCUAACAGUGCUGAAUGAAUUCAUUCUUAUGGGAAUCACAGACCGUCCUGAGCUGCAGGCUCCAUUAUUUGGGCUCUUCCUUAUCAUCUAUGUGAUCUCACUGGUGGGCAACUUGGGCAUGAUCAUCCUCACCAAGAUAGACUCCAGGCUACAAACACCCAUGUACUUCUUUCUCAGACACCUGGCUUUUACUGAUCUUGGUUAUUCAACAACCGUGGGACCCAAAAUGCUAGUAAGUUUUGUUGUGGAUCAAAAUACAGUAUCCUAUUAUUUUUGUGCCACACAACUGGCUUUCUUCAUCAUGUUCAUCAUUAGUGAGCUUUUUAUUCUGUCAGCAAUGUCUUAUGACCGGUAUGUGGCCAUAUGUGACCCUCUGCUCUACACAGUCAUCAUGUCUCAAAGGCUAUGUCAGGUGCUCGUGGCAAUCCCAUAUCUCUACAGCACAUUUCUUUCUCUUCUAAUCACCAUAAAGAUUUUUAAUUUAUCUUUCUGUAGAUAUAAUGUCAUCAGACAGUUCUACUGUGACAAUUUCCCCGUGUUAUCUUUGCUUUGCUCAAACACACAUGAAGUUGAAUUAAUGAUAAUGAUUUUCUCAGCUUUUAAUUUGGUGUUCACUCUUCUGAUAGUUUUUGUGUCUUACUUGUUCAUCAUUGUAGCAAUUCUCAGGAUGAACUCUGCUGAGGGUAAGCUCAAGGCUUUUUCCACUUGUGGCUCCCACCUGACAGUGGUCACAGUGUUCUAUGGCACUUUGAUGUUUAUGUAUGUUAAGCCCAAGUCUGGUCAUUCCUUUGACACUGAUAAAGUGGCCUCCAUAUUUUACACCCUCAUUAUCCCCAUGUUGCAUCCCUUGAUCUAUAGCUUGAGGAACAAAGAGGUUAAAUAUGCACUACAAACAAUGUGGAAAAAGCUAUGCAACAUACUUUUUUAAGGUUCAUUGUCAAUUUGAUUCCUAUAAAUUAGGUUAAGGACUCUACACCUUGCUGUGUGUGCCUUUGGGGGAUAAGCAAGCAGAAAUAAGUUUGUCUUAUAUUUAGAGAAUGUUUUCUAUGUGCCAGUCACAUGUAUCUAUGUUGUGAAUGUAUUAGUGAGCAGAACAGUAAAAAUAUUUGUAUUUUUUCAAGGGAAGAGAUGAAAUAUAAUCAUAAUUAUUAUGUAAAUUUUAUAGUACAGUAUAACGGGUUAAGACACAUAAGAGUAGGUAAGGAAAGUGGGUUUGUUGUGUGAGAGUGAGGAAGAAUAGUAGGUACAGAAGGGGAAUUACAAUAACUCUUGGGUUACUCUCAACAUUUACAAUAAAUUCCCCAGUGCACACGUGUGUUUGUGAAUUUGGGCGUGAUUCUGUGGUUUCACAAAAUACAAAAAUUUUUAUAGUUGCACAAAAAAUUGAUUCUGAUUGUUUGAUGGCAUUGACUUGAUCAUUCUUGUUUUGGAAAGUAAAAGGAGACAAUCCCAUAAUUUGAUCUAUACUAUAAUUUCAAUGAACAUGUAGCGUGAUAUAUAGCAAUUUAUAUAUGUGUUAUGUAUUCUGGACAAACUUUCUCCUUACGUUCCACAUAUUC